ACCCUAACUUAUCUCGUUUCCUCCCAACCCUAGAUUCCUCCACUCUAGAUUUUGUCUCACGCCCUGACCACAGCACCUUACCUUGGCCUCCUCUAACUCGAGGUUUCGGGCUUCACUGCUGCGACUUUCGAGUUCGCUCCAGCUUCUUCGUUGCCAGUUGCUUGCAGCCGGUUAGUCCAUCCGUCCGCUAAGCCAUGGCCACCAUCUGCGGCCAGUCCGUACUCGGCGCCGUGACUUCCGCUGGCUUUGCUGGCCGUCAAAGCCUUCAGGCACAACGCGGCGAGGCUCGCGUGGUGUGCAAGAAGGAGGGCAUCCACCCGAAGUUCUACAAGGAGGCUAAAGUGUUCUGCAAUGGCGAGGAGGUGAUGACCACCAUGGGCACGCAGGAGAAAUACGUCGUCGACGUCUGGUCAGGUAACCACCCGCUGUUCCAGGGCAGCAAGAACACGCUUCUCACGGAGGCUGGCCGCGUGGACAAGUUCAACCAGCGGUACGGCGCGCUGGGCACCAUGUCCAAGAUCCCCAUCCUCGAUAAGGGCGAAAUCGUUAUUGUUAAGAAGUCCAAGGCUCCGGCCAAGAAGGGUGGCAGGAGAUGAGCGGCUGUGGGUUGGGAUUAGAAGAACGGAGGGGAUUUACUUCAAUAGGGGAUGGAUGGAAAUGGAAAUGCAAGCUGGACAGCACAGGCUAGACUCUGGGCAUGUUUGGGUGCUUCUUGGUGUCGAUCGUCCGUUACGGUGGGGCUUGUAUUGUUUUUCUACAUAUAUGUUCCACUGGCUUCGGUUAAAACGAAGAUGCUUGCAUAAGGUGAAUAAUUUCUCUCAUGAAGUUGAAUCAGACUCGCACGAUACAGUGUGGUGCAACUGUUUAAAA